GAGGUUUACUAAUAUUUUUCUUCAAUUUUUAGAUACCUGUUGGUCACAGAUAGACUCCGAAAUGUAACACAACGAUGUUGGUUCAAAUUAUUAUUCUGUGAUAUCAUGACGCUUGAGAUAGUUCAGAGAACAUAGCCAUUAUAUCAGAGUGCUAUUGUAAAAGUAUGCUGGAAAUGAAACAACGUAAAAUGGACAAGUGUGAAAUAUAUUGAAGUUGAAUAUAGAAAAUAUAAGAUAACAAAAAUGCCGUACAUGGAUUUGAAAUUACCACACAUAACAAAAAUGAAACUGAUGUGGCCCUCACGAGUAACCACACUUGGUGUAACACUAGGUGUAGCAAUAAUGGGAAUGCUGGCUUUUUAUUUCCGCUACCAAAGGAAGAUAAAAAAGAAAGAAUUGAAAUCAAAUUCCAGGAAAAAUAACUUAUCUUUGCCAAAUGGUGAUAUCCACGGGCAUACUUUGGGCAGAUAUACAGAGAGUCCAUCCUCUCUCUUGAAUUCCUUGAAACAGAAGUCUCUGUCAGGUUCCGUGUCAAGUAUAGGUGGUGCCUCUUCUGCCUCCACAAUUACCCACCAGUUAGUGGACACUAGCAGCAUGUCACCAACACAACUGUGUAAACUAGGUUUUGAAACUCUCCAACAAGCUGUGGUGUAUUGGGAAGAUGGUUUAAUGAAGUUAUCCUUUAAUGAAGAUAGAUCCAAACCCGCUAUAUUGGAUCCAGAGACAGCGGAGUUGCAGCAUCAGAUGGAUCAACUACUGGACGCUGCUUACAGAAUGAUUGAUAAUUUUGAGCGUCGUGCUGAGAGACAAGCUGACAAUAUUGCCCUGGAGGUUGCAAUGGCGGCUUACACAGAGACAGACAUACCGUCAGAGAGAACAAAAAGCUUUGAUGCAGGGUCUUUCAGCGACCAAGACUCCUUUGUCUCUGCUACUGACAUGGCAAACUUAUCAGACUUAGAUAACCAUAGAGAAAUGUUUCAGCAUCUUCCUUUAUAUGAAGCAGGUCUCUUAGAAUUAAAACAUGGUCAUGUGCCAUGCAGGACUCUAAGGACUGAGAUGACUCAGUGUAUAUCAGACACAGAGUUCUUGGCAAAGUUGCACUGUAUCCGUCUAGCUUUCAAUGUUAUAUUUAAACAAUCAAGUCUAAGAGAUUACUUCAGAACCAUGGGUAAACAAUUAAUUGGUGACCUGCUGAUCCGAGCUGAUAGGGAUCCAGAUGAAUUCUACACAGCAUAUGAUGCAAUGAUAGAUUUUAUAGAAGUGGAGGACAAUUGGUUCAAAAUUGAAGAAGAAUUAAAAGGACGGGGUGUAAAAUGCAUGUCCUUUUAUGACAUAGUAUUAGAUUUUAUACUGAUGGAUGCAUUUGAUGAUUUGGAAAAUCCCCCCUCCUCUGUUAUUGCUGUAAUUCAGAACAGAUGGUUAUCUAGAAGCUUCAAAGAAACUGCUCUUUCUACAGCUGUUUGGUCUGUUUUGAAAGCUAAAAGACGACUAUUGAAGUUUUCAGAUGGAUUUAUAUCCAAGUUUUACUCCAUUUCUGAACAUACAAGCCCAGUAUUAGCCUGGGGUUUCAUGGGACCAGAAUCAAACCUCAAAGAAUUAUGCAUGUUUUUUAAGGAAUCGGUUUUGAAGUUUCUCAGGGACAUGUUUAGUUUCGAGUAUGUCCGUUACACAACCGUAGAUGAGUUAGCAGAUGACAUUGCAAAGUUGUUACAAAACAGAAUAGAAGAAGCAGCGGACAAGAUUUCCCCAGAAAAGUUAGACUUCUAAAACAGGACUGGACAUUAAGCCAUUCUGUUUCAGUUUUUAUCUUUGUUUUUUUUUUUUUUAUCAUCUGUGAUUUUUUUAUUGAGCUGUUAUGAAUACACCAGGAGUUUUAACUUGACAGAGUGAAAUGCCACAGUGAACUUAUUCCUUCGAAAUUUGUCCUAUCUUUUUUUUUUUUUUCCUUCUCUUUCAAAAUCUGUCUCACUCAAAAAUCAAUAGAUAUUUUGUCUUGUUUUGAUGAUUAUGCUAAAAUAUAAUGUAGUUUCUUUGGUAAGACAAUGAUUCUUAAAUAUCAAAAUAAGAUGUAAGAAAAAAAUGGUGCUUUCUCUAAGAGCAUAGCAAGGUAGAUGGACACUGUAGCACUUGGUUCUCUGGUUCAAGUUGUGUGAUAAAUAAGGAUAAAUCAUGUUUCUGAAUUUGUUUUAGAUCUCAUUUGUACUUAAAUGCCAUUGUAUUAUACUAUAGAACACUUAGUUUUAUACACUUGUUUAUAAAUUUUCAGUCUUUUAUUAAAAAUGAAAUGUAGAUAGUUUUACUGUCUUUAUUAGUAAUAUCAUAUAACAUGUUGUUGUAAGCAAUAUGAUGCUCAUGUUCCAUUUUGUUUAAUGAAUAAAAAUCGAUUUUUUUUGUUGUGAGUUCAGUUCAUGAUUCUAAUAAUAAAC